AUGGCGCCAAAGCAAGAAGGAUUCAUACUUGUAGUCACAGUUGUUUUAUUUCUCCUGCCCGAUUAUCCGUCCGCCGUCGUCGGCAGCGCCAAUGGCACUACUUUCUCAUCCAUCGUUGAAACUCUGCCAGGGUUUUCUGGCCCCCUUCCUUUCAAGCUCGAAACAGAAUCAGAAAGGAACCCAGAUGAAGACCCUCUCCUUCUCUGGCUCACCGGCGGCCCCGGCUGCUCUGCUCUUUCCGGCCUUCUCUUUGAGAUAGGUCCCUUGCGUUUUGAAGUGGUGGAGUAUAAUGGGACAUUGCCCACUUUGGCUCUCAAUCCUCAUUCAUGGACAAAGGUAGCAAGUAUUAUAUUCAUGGAUGGUCCUAUUGGCACCGGAUUCUCCUACUCAACCAACUUCCAAGGCUCCAUUACUGGCGACACCACUUACGCCCAUCAGACCGCUCGCUUUCUCGCCAAGUGGCUGUUGAGGCACCCCAGAUUCUUGAAGAACCCUUUGUAUAUUGCUGGGGACUCAUAUUCGGGCAUGGGGGUUCCUAUUAUAGUACGGAUUAAGCUAGAAGGCUGUUGUUUGAAAUUUCAUUUGCUUUUUGGGGAGGUUCCAGGGAGGAGGCCACACUGCCCCGGAGUAUAA